AUGGCUGCUUUGGAUGUGGACUUCUAUAUACUCAAGAAUGUGUGUUGGCAGGUUGUGUUAACCGGAUUAAUUAGCUUCUCUACAGCAUUCAUCAUAAUUGGAUAUGUGGUUCUGAAAUUCAAUAAAGAUUCAUGGGAUUUGCAAUCUUGCCUCCUCUUUAGCAUGACCCUUGGCAUUACAGAUCCUGUUCAUUCUGUGAAUUCACUGAAAACUAUUGGCAUUUCUAAAAUGUAUACCGAUAUCAUUAGAGGAGAAUCAAUGAUUAUCUGUGGCUUCACAUCCAUUUUUUUUGGAGUUUUUCGGAGCAACAUACUUAGCAUUUCCAAUUUUAGGGAGUUACAUAUAAUCAUGGGCCUCAGCUUGGACAUUUUGGGAAGCAUAAUAUGUGGAUAUUGGUGUGCAAGGAUCAUUCAGUUUAUAUUGACUGACCUGUUUAGCAAUACACUGACCAAUAUCGUUCUUUGUAUCUCAAUGGUGUACUUGACUUUCUACAUUGUGGAAUUUUUGGGAAUGUCAGGUAUGGUUGCUUUAGUCGCUGUAGGACUAAAUUUAGAUUCCUUAAGCUUUAAACCGAGGAUCGAGUUAAUAAUUACUAAGUUUCUAAUAAUGUUUUCAUGUGUAUACCAACACUUAAUAUACACUUUCUUUGGCAUUGUCAUUGGAUGUGGAGAAAUCAAGCAUUUUCAGUUUCACACUUUAGUAUUCAUGUUCAUCUUAUUUGCAACAGUGAAUUUUGUAAGGUUACUUACUGUUGUAUUAGUGAGCCCUAUUCUGAGGCAUUCAAAUUAUGAGUAUAAUUGGAGAUGGGGAAUUGUUAUAGCAUGGUCUGGAAUUAAAGGAGUUUUUAGUUUACUCUUGGCUCCUGAUAUUCAUAAUCUGGCUGAACAAAAAGUAGAGUCACCACAGCUGUUUAUAUUGUAUAUACAAGUAAUAUCAUUAAUGACUAUGGGAAUAAAUUCAUACAUGAUGACUUAUUCAGCCAGGACAUUAGGUUUGUGUGCCAUCUCCCUUCCAAGACAAAUGGCCAUGCAAAAUGCCAUUAAGCACAUCCAGGAGAUAAUACAGAACAGAAUAACUUUAUUUAAAACAGAAAAAAUUUUGACAAAUGUUAACUGGACCUUAGUAGAAGAAAAAACAAAGAUUGAAUACAUCAUUCCUUUUCCUCAUGUUUCAUGUGAUAAAAAAGUGAAGGAGGAGUCCCCAACAGAUGAAGUUUUAAUAGAAGAGGCCAGAUUGCAUGUAGCUAUAAUACAAAUGAGUAGCUUUGAAAAACAGUGUAAUGACGGAGUCCUCAGUGUAGAGGCAGCCCGGACAUUAAUUGGUGCAACCAAAAGCUAUUGCCACAUCCAAGGAAAGUAA